AUGCCUUAUUCAUUCCUCACUUGGGGUACACUAUCCAAAUAUCUUUGUCCAGAUCUGUCUAUACCUAUUUACUUAAGUGUGUUCAUUUCUCUAUCUCUCUCUUCCAAUCUCUCUGUCUCUCUCUCUUCCAAUCUCUCUGUCUCUCUCUCUCUUCCAAUCUCUCUGUCUCUCUCUCUCUUCCAAUCUCUCUGUCUCUCUCUCUCUUCCAAUCUCUCUGUCUCUCUCUCUCUUCCAAUCUCUCUCUCUCUCUCUUCCAAUCUCUCUCUCUCUCUUCCAAUCUCUCUCUCUCUCUUCCAAUCUCUCUCUCUCUUCCAAUCUCUCUCUCUCUCUUCCAAUCUCUCUCUCUUCCAAUCUCUCUCUCUCUCUUCCAAUCUCUCUGUAUCUCUUCCAAUCUCUCUGUAUCUCUUCUCUCUCUUCCAAUCUCUCUCUCUCUCUUCCUUCCAAUCUCUCUGUCUCUCUCUCUUCCAAUCUCUCUGUCUCUCUCUCUUCCAAUCUCUCUGUAUCUCUUCCAAUCUCUCUCUCUCUCUCUCUUCCAAUCUCUCUCUCUCUCUCUCUCUUCCAAUCUCUCUCGUUUUAUUUAAAAUAGUUCCUAUGUCUGAGAUUAUCACUCUGUCAAUCUAUCCAUAA